AUGGAUCCAGAGCAGGUCCUGUCGCUCCGCCUCCUCAGAACAGAGCUCUACAACGACCCUGAGAAGUCUCUCGUGAGGGAUUUGGAGAACGCCGGGCAGAUCUUCAAUACAAUCUCUGUGCGUUCAUUUCCAUGCAAAGCCAAAACGACCGUACGAGACUUCCUGUGCGGCAAAGACAAGGAAAUGCCUUCUUGGGUCCCACACUUCGCUGAGCGUGUUCACUGGGAGGGAAGGUACCAAGUCAAAGACCCCAACGCGCCUAAGACCGUCGCGAGAAACGUGUUCCCGAAUUGUCUACCGGCCGAGCUACUCCACAACAUCAUCGACAUGCUCCCGAGCUACUCUGUGCAAGCUUUACGGAUCACCUUCCGAGAGCUGUAUCAUUUUGUUGGCGAGGCAACCGGGACACAGCAGCUUCAUGUUGUUACGGCGCGUCGGAAAGGCGAGGAAGAUUUCAGUAGGAUGUAUGUCUGGGAUAGCAAACGUCAAGAGGCUUGCGAAAUCGAUUGCCCGAUGAUGAACCCCAGAUAA